GUAAGACGAAGAAACAGACUCCAGAAUGGGUAUCCAGUUCGAUGCCACCUUUGACAACCGAAACCUGGAAGCGUUGAGCAAAAGGCACUGCCACCACCUUGAGCUCAUCUGCAUAUUCGUGCGAGAUGGCCCAAGAUUGGACUGGAUCAGAGUUCGCAAUUGCCAUGCUGUAUCCAAAGUGUUCUAAUUCUGGCUCAGAAGCAGUGUCACCUGUCACCCCGCACUAUUGUGUUACUCUGGAUCGGAAUCAGGGCUUGGUAACAUGGAAUAUUGGUAUCACUUGACGCCCUGCUCACACCUGAGAGUCAACGACCGCCAUGGGUAGCCUUCGAUGGCUUGGAAGUAUGGGCCGCUACAGCUCGUAUUCUACAAGGUUACCAAGAACGCCAAUAUCACUUACACAAUAGAAACAUGACUGGAAUAUCUGAGCACUUGUCAGUAGACUUGAGCAUGGAAACACGAAAAUGAAAACAUCAAACUAUUGAGUUGGCAUCUGUUCACGAAGUCAACGCAUCGCCAUGAGAAGAUCGCCAGGCCGGCUAUAAAAGCCCCAGCACCCACUUAUCCUCUCAUCCCAUCAUCACCUCCCACCAUCUCAGAUCCCAUUCUCUCAAAUUUCAACAAUCCAACCACCAAAAUGCUCCUCACCAACCUCAUCACCCCCCUUGCCUUCCUGGCAGCCACCGUCUCAGCCAUCGGCUCAGCUCGGGUAAACAACAAGUGCACCUCCAACGUUUACGUUUGGCCCGUCGGAACCAACAUCACCGGCCCCUACGGCCUUUCCGGCACAGUAGGCUACUACGCCGAGUCCUUCCACGUAGACCCCAACACAGGCGGCCGCGCCCUCAAGAUCUCCUCCCACCCCGACGGCCUCUACACCCCCGGCACACCCCAAACCAUCUUUGCCUACAAUCUCGACGUGGGCGCCAACCAAGUCUGGUUUGAUCUGAGCAACGUCUUUGGCAACAACCCCGCCUUUGUGGGCAAGAAGAUCACCGUCAAGAGCGCUGACCCGGCUUGCACGCAGGAGAUUGUUUGGCCUGCUGGUGUGCCGCCCGCGGGCAGCCAGGUCAGGGUUUGCAGCGCCAGCAGCAAUGUUGUGUUGACUCUUUGCGCCUGAGGCUGGGAUGCAGUCGGAGGAAUGUUUAAAGCUGUGGGAUUUCUGAGGUGUCGAGAAUGUCUGUUUCCUUUACAGGCUGGGAACUUGUGAUUAGCCAAGACUGUUUCAAAAGAUGGCUGUACGCUUGAUCUGAAUCAACCAUCAAAAUCGUCACAUUCUUAAUCUAGUCGUACGAGUCUAUCAUAUACCGGGUUCAGUACACCGUCAC